UAGCAACAGAGGAAUCCCAGCAUAACAACAACACAGCUGCUAACGUUAGCUCGAAGAGGAGCGGAGUGUAUUUUUCUGCUAAUUGGGAACUUAUCAACAGGUACGCUGGAAUUUUCUGACACCCACUCGGACAUGUCCUAUGUCUUCAUCAACGACUCGUCGCAGACCAACGUGCCGCUGCUGCAGGCCUGCAUCGAUGGAGACCUGCCGUUCGCCAAGAGGCUCCUGGAGACGGGCUGCGACCCCAACAUCCGGGACAACCGGGGCCGCACCGGGCUGCACCUCGCCGCCGCCCGGGGCAACGUGGACAUCUGCCGCCUGCUGCACAAGUUCGGGGCCGAUCUGCUAGCCACCGACUAUCAAGGGAACACCGCUUUGCAUCUGUGCGGACACGUGGACACCAUCCAGUUCCUGGUGUCCAACGGGCUGAAGAUCGAUAUCUGGUAAGCAGAGUACACGCAUCCUUUACU